UGUUAAACGCCGUCAUGAAACAUGUGGCUUUUUUAAUACUGAACUAACAAACUGAAUGAAAAAAUCAUCACAAAAAUAUUUUUGUAAGCAUCUGAUGUUUUCUUAGGUUCUCCAGCAUCACGGAUUAGUCCUGUGAUAACGUUGUUGUGUAUAUUAGAUGAGAAGUAAGAUUAAUGGUAUUAGAGUGUCUUUUAAAAACUGUUCAAUAGCGAAGAUAUUACUGGAGUAUUCAAACUAAUUUUAUUUUAAAAAAUUACUUAUUUCUCGGGAUGAGGUUCUUCAAAAAGUGCUUUUUGUUUUUAUGGAUAAUCGAAUUUCUGCUGAUUGGAACAGGACACUAUAUGGCAGUAGCAACACGUGUGAGAAAGAAAAUGAGCCAUCCAGCAACUCAAGCUGCUACAUUACCACUUCAAAGCCCUUAUCUUGGUCUGACUAGCAAACAUACUUUUCUAGCUGCACUUUCUCGCAGCAAAAGUCAUGUUGUAACUAACCAAAGGUCCCAGAAUGUUACAGUGAUGAACAACCUGAAAUUUCCAAUAAAUCCAUUGUGUUAUCCUUGGGAUUCUUGCAUUGGUCGUUGCGGUCAGGAUUUCAGCCAUUUAACCUUUUACUGUUAUUGUGAUAGUAUGUGUUUGACCUAUGGAGAUUGUUGUGUAGACUUUCUGACCCAUUGCAGGACAAACGAGACAUUAGAAAUCUUUCAGAGAAUGAGCAAAAGAAUGAACAGAAGAUACCCUACUUGUUGGGUGGAAGAUGAGUUGUCUUGGCCAUACUUAAUCGUAGAUGCAUGUCCUACAUUUUCAAUGAAUGAUUCUGUCAAAAACAUGUGUGAAGGAGUGGAUAAAAACGUCUCUGUUAAUCUUGUGCUCGGAGAGGAUGGUCUGUUAUACGCCAAUAAAAAAUGCGCAGAUUGCAAUGGUGUUACAAUCGUUGUUUCAGAACAGGACUUCAAUAUCCAAAAUAACUGGUAUGUUACAUCAAAUGAAAAUUAUACUAAUGUUCAUGUAUUACAAAACAGCAAUUCGAAGUCUCCUUACUUUGAAGGAAAAAAGAAGCAAAAACUAAAACGUCACUGCUCUCCUUCGAUAAGUAGCUGUAAAUAUAAGGGGCUACAGCUUCAAGGCUAUAAAUUAGACUGGCUCUGUUUGGUUCACAGUGGAACCAUAGUUUCUCGAACCUCCAGACAACUUAAAGAAGCAGAAACACUUUAUAAGAACGUCUACUGUGCACUAUGUAAUGGAGAAAAUUUGGAUAUGUUAUCUUGUCUUACUUGGAUUAUUCAUGAUCCUGGGAAUUUUUCGUCUUUCAAUGAACCACUAAACAGUAUUUCCAAACACUGGCUAACUGAACUUGAUAAUUUACAUGCCGGUAAAAUACCAUCGUAUCGAACAAGGAACAAAGUUCAACACGACAUUCCAGCAGCUUUCUCAAUUUUGCUUAACUUUGGGUUAGACGGGAAGGAAAGAAUUAUUUUUUCCUCUGAGGGAGAGGAAGAAAUGAGAAGAAACAUGGCACGUUGUAAACCAGGGCAAAUGUGGGAUCCAUUCAGUAAUAUUUGUCGUAAAUUGUACUGCAGCACCGAGUUCAUAUUGGUUGAUUUCCGCUGUGUUCACAAGAAUGAAAUUGACGACGAGAAAAACUCUGAUGUCGGAGGAGAUGUAAUUUUAGCAGAUGUCGAUUCAAAGUAUGUUAUGUUAGUUCUUAUCAUUAGAAUGGAUUAUUUGGAUGCACUGGACUUAGUUAAAAAUGGAAAAUUUGAUCUUAAUGAAUCAGUCAGAACCUCCUUGGCUACAGUGUAUAAAAUUACUACAAAUCGUAUUCAAGAUAUUCAUAUCACUAUGCAAACAAUAUUUAUAAUGCCUAAUGACACACAAAAAGAGAUAGAGUACAAAAUCUCAACUAAUAAACAGAUUGAAGAAUUUCUCUCAUACAGCAUUUUUGCCAAUCCUGUGGUGCUCAAAGUCAAAUUCAAGCUAUUCGAACCUUAUGGAAAUCUUACAAAGUCAGAACCAUCCGUAGACAGCAUCGUAUCCAGUAUGUCUUCGUCUGUGGCUCAAAACACAUUUUACCUGGAUAUUCACAACAAAACUAGUAAAGUCUUUGAAAUUCAUGAAAACGUAGAAGCUAUGAGCGAUUGGUGUGGCAUUGGAUCUGGUGGAAAACAACUAGAAUACUGGAACCAGGAGUUCACCUUGAUCUUAAACGAAAAUUUUACUGCUGUCGAUACGUGGGUGAGAUCUGUCUACAUCAAUAGAACUGGCAGAAUUUAUGAGAAAGGAAUUUUUAACACUUCCUUCUCAUCAAUGUGGGCAAUGCAGUGGUAGAUGGCUGGCACACUGGACUUAAUGGGCUCGUCCACACUCAUUUUCCCAAGCUCCUUAACAUCUGACGUUGGUGGAAUAAUAAAAGUCUCCUGGAUAUCAAGGACACAGAGAUAGAUUGAGGUAUCUCUCAACAAGUACUUGGAUAACACACAAAUUUCCUGGAUAUCAAGAAUAAAGAUAUAGAUUGAAGUAUCUCUCAACAUCUAUUUGGAUAACACACAAAAUGGAAGAUAUUUCAGCACUUCAGGAAAAGAAAAAUCUUUCCUUAAUUGAAGCAUUGAAAUUGUUUUUUGCUUCUUCCUCUGAAGAAGAGUGUCUUUCUGGAUUGGAGGAAGAAGCCACAAAAGAUACAAAUGGAGAGGAACAAGAACCAGCAUUACUGGAAUCACUUUUGUUUGAGGAGCCUGACUUACCUUCAAGGGAAGAAGACUCUCCUCAUGACCACCAACAAUCUGAGGUGACCGAUCUUCCCACGACCAGCACUACAUCAACUUCCAAAAUGGACAGAGGCAAGAAAACACAAGAAAAGCCCCUGGCAUGUAGUGCAGAAUAGAAAUGGGAAGUUCUCAAAGAUGAGUAACCCAGAUUGUUGGGAGACUUCGUUCGAGGAGAGCCUGUUUCCCGUCAGGCAAGUAGGUGUCAGACUCCUCUUGAUUUUUUCCAACUCUUUUUCUCUCUCAGAAUUAUUAUGAAGAUUGUUGAAGAAACAAAUAGAUUUGCACACCAGCAAGGGGAUCACCUAAACAAUGAUGUCAGAAAGAAAAGGAGACUGCUGAAAUAUAGUGAUGUUACCCUUGAAGAAAUUUUAGCUUUUAUUGGUUUAACUAUUUCUCUGGGUAUAACUUGCUUACCAUCUGUUACAGAUUACUGGUCUACCACUCCUUCACUUCAUUUUCCCUGGUUUUCUUCAAUAUUUUCCAGAGAAAAAUUCCUAACUAUUGCUCGCUUCUUUCAUUUCAAUGACAAUACUAAUAACCUACCUAAAACUAAUCCUAAGCAUGAUAAACUCUUUAAAGUAAGGCCUGUGCUUGAUCAUCUACUAACAGCUUUUCCAGCUCACUAUAACCCUUCUAGGGAACUUUUUAUUGAUGAGCAAAUGUUGGGAACAAAAGGCAGAAUUUCUUUUAAGCAAUAUCUACCUAGCAAGCCUACCAAGUGGGGAAUCAAGCUUUGGGUUCCUGCAGAAGCCGUGACUGGAUACUGUUUAAAUUUUAGAAUAUACUCUGGUAAAGAGGGAUCUGCACCUUCCAAGAACUUAGCUAGCACAGUUGUAAUGACUCUGAUGGAAAAGUACCUUGGUAGGGGACACUCUCUCUUUACUGAUAACUUUUAUACUUCCCCAACUCUGUUUGAUAAGUUGCUUUCACUUGGUACUUAUGCUUGUGGUACUUGUAGGAAGGACAGGGCCCACUUCCCAGACAUGUUUCCAGGUAAGUUAAAAAGGGGAGAGUCACAGUUUUUCAGCUGUGGCUCAAUGACAGCUGUGAAGUGGACUGAUAAAAAAGAUGUUUAUGCUCUUUCUACAAUGCAUAAUGCUACAGUAAAGGAAGUGACAAGAAGACAGGGUGAUAUGACUAACAAGCCACAGAUAAUCUUGGAUUACAACAAGUUUAUGGAAGUGGUUGAUCUUAAUGAUCAAUUUCUUAGCUUUUAUUCCAUUCCAUGUAAAAAUGUCAAAUGGUAUAAGAAGCUUUUCUUUAGACUUGUUGACCUGUCUAUUGUUAAUUCUUUUAUUCUUUUCAAUCAGGUAACUAAAAAUAGCAAGUACAAACAGAAGGACUUUCCUUUACAAUUAGUAGAAUCCCUCGUGAAACCUUUAAUUGAAAGUAGAGGAGGGCCUUCUUGUUUGUCAAGUAUCCGUUCACCAGUUCUGGUAGAUGCACAGGAACGGUUCUCACCUGGGAAGCAUUUUCCAGCAUUUGCUGAAGAAAAAAAAAGGUGCAGAUUGUGCCUCCACACAGGUUUAAUUAAGUUGACUUGUAAGCUGUGCAAGGUUCAUCUCUGUGUAAGGCACUUUGAAGAGUACCAUACUUCGAAGACUCUUCAAAGAAGUUAACUUUUUUUCUACCAAAUCUAGUCAAUAUAUUAUGAUUAGAAAGAAAAGUAAAACUCAAUCUGACUCCUUUUAUUUCUUUAAUCUUUCACUUUCUUAAAAUCUAAAAUUUCUCCAGUAGAGGUUUGGUGUGUAUAACAUUUUUUUUUUAUUAUUUUUACACCAUUACUCAGCAUUUGCAUUUAGGUAUUUCCACUUGUUUUAAGUGCAGUUCUAUUUGUUAAUUAAUGUUUUAAAACUCAUUGCAUUU